AUCUACGGCUUGUUGUGUACUACAGGAUAUCCGACCAGAAGAAACCCCAAACAGUCAAAUGAUGAAGCGCGUAGUUAAAAAAGUUCUCAGCCACUGGGAAAACGAGGGGGUGGGGGCCAGAGUUAGGCGGAGCAUUGGAAGGCCAGAGCUAAAGAACCUUGACCCCUUCUUGUUAUUGGAUGAGUUGAGUGGCCGCCCACCCGCUGGUUUCCCCGACCACCCACACAGAGGAUUUGAAACUGUCAGCUACUUGCUGAGUGGCAACAUACGUCACGAAGAUUUCAUGGGAAACAAAGGGGACCUCGGUGCAGGGGAUGUCCAGUGGAUGACAGCCGGAAGAGGAGUCGUCCAUUCUGAAAUGCUGCAUGGUGACGAGGUGACACAUGGCCUUCAACUUUGGGUGAACCUUUCAAAGAAGGACAAAAUGAUCGCGCCCUCCUACCAGGAACUUCCGGCCGAGAAGAUCCCCACGGCCGCCAAGGACGGGGUCAAAGUCAAGGUCAUUGCUGGAGAGUCCCUGGAGGCUAAGGGCGAAGAUGUUGUUGAGGAGUUCCACACGGCUGUUCUGUCUGAAGAUGAGGAAUUACUGGUGGUCUUCAACAAGUCAGAUGCCCCUUGCCAUUUUGUUCUCAUCAGUGGUCAGCCAAUCAGAGAGCCAGUUUUUCAGAGAGGACCGUUCGUGAUGAACAGUCAAGAGGAAGUUGAGCAGGCCUUCUCCGACUACAGGUCCUGUAGCAACGGCUUCGAGAGCGCCAAAACUUGGCGGGAAAUAAAAAGGCGGGAACUCGGAAAAGGAAGGAAAAGGAAUGGUGGUGGUGGUGACGGUGGUGGUGAUGAUGAUGAUGAUGAUAAGAAGGGAAUGACGUCAUCGUUACGUCAUCAUCAUCAUCAUCGUUAAUCAUCAUCAUCAUCUUCAUCAUUUUUGUAUUGUGCAUUAACUUUCUGAUGGAUGUAUGUAUAUAUGUAUGUAUGUGUGUAUGUAUGUAUGAUGUUGGUAUGUUUGUUUGUAUAUGUGUAUCUUUGUUCAUACUAUUUCACCACUUUAAACAGUUGAACUCAGAAUUGAUAGAAUGAAACCUUGAAUGGAGAAAAAAUCAUCACCUGCUUUUGUCUUCUGCUUUUAUUACAAAUUUAUAACUAUUUAUGACAGUUUAUAUUAUAUUUUUUAUUAUAUUAUAUCAUAUCAUAUUAUAUUAUAUUAUAUUAUAUUAUAUUAUAUUAUAUUAUAUUAUACCAUAUCAUAUUAUAUUAUACUAUAUUAUUUUAUAAUAAAAUAUAAUAUAUUUAUAUUUAUAAAAUAAUAUCUAUGAAAGUCGCUAUAAUAAAUGAUUCAAA